UUCGUCGGUUUUGUUUUGGAUGUUCACACAAGUUCCUUAAUCUUCUCAAAAACCUCCCCACAUUCAGCUAACUACAUAUAGUACAGAUCGCAUCGGGGAGGCCUCUCAUAGCCAAAGCAUGUAAGUUGAUUAUUAUCUCUCUCGUUUUCAUUAGAUCUCUUGCUUUGGCGCGUCUGUAUAUUCACACACAAGUAUGGAUGAGGAUCACGAUGAUCACCUUCAACCCAUAUUUCCUCACAAAACCAACUAUGACUUCAACAGCAAGAUCCUGCUCACCGCCAUCGUGUGUUUGUCCGUCGUCCUCGUAAUAGUCAUCCUCCUUCACUUGUAUGCGAGAUACGUUCUUCGCAACCGUGCCCGGCGUGCUGCCGCCAUGCAUGUUCUGGCCCUCAGGGUCGCCCAUGUGCAGUCCGGUGGCGAGCCACCCAAGACUGGCCUAGAGCCGACAGUCAUUUCCUCGCUGCCCUUCUUUAUAUUCAAGCGAAGCGACCGCCACGACGAUGCCUCAGUCGAGUGCACGGUUUGUUUGAGCAUGUUGGAGGAUGGAGAGACGGCGAGGGAGUUACCCAAUUGCAAGCACAUUUUCCAUGUGGAGUGCAUUGAUAAGUGGCUGAGCUCGCAGUCCACAUGCCCCGUUUGCCGCACCGAGGCCAAGCCCUGGAUGAAGGCCGAGCACCGCGAGCCUCCUGCUGGGACAGCUGCAGCAACGGUUCCAUCGCUCGAGAGCGUACCCUCUAUUUUUCCAGGCAUGCCGGAUGCUGUCCAUGGGGCGAACAAAGACAGCAGUUCGUCAAGCGUGCGAUUUAGUUCUUUCAGAAGGAUGCUUAGUAGGGAUAGAUUGUCACCGAGAGCUCAAUCUCGUGGUCAAGAAGAUGAUGACAUAGAAGAUUUAGAGAGACAAUGAUGCAACAGCUAUAGGUAAUUACAGGAUUUUUUGCCAGAAUUUUUCAUUCUUGUUAAUUACUUUUGAAUGUUACCAAAUAUUCUACCUUUAGGAGAGAGUCGCUGUUGAAUUGCUUGAACAUUUUCCCGAAUGAUGACUCAUGUGGGGAAAAUUAAUUAGUCAAAGAAAUGAGCUGGUUUAAAGUUUUCAUA